CCCGCCCCCGCCACGGAGCUGGGCCGGAGUUGCCGGUAGUGGGGAUUUAAGGUGAUGGCCUUGACUGAAGGCCUCGAGCCGGGGUCUCCCGCUGUUGCUGCAGUCGCUGCCGGGGCCUCCGUUCACUCAUCGUCAUGAGAGGAGAUAGAGCCCUGAAGCAAAGAAAUCUGGAUCACAGAAAAAGUAUUCAAGGGUCAUGCAAGCCAACUGUAGCCAACUGCACAGCCCUCCAGGAGCUGUAGGCAAUGAGGAUGCCUCAGCCACCCAAUGUGUCCAUACAAAAUUGACAGGAGAAGGUUCUUGUCUUCAUUCUGGAGAUGUUCAUAUCCAGAUAAACUCCAUACCUAAAGAAUAUGCUGAAAAUCCAACCUCCAGAAAUACAAGGUCAGGUGUCCAUAGCUGUACCCAUGGAUGUAUACAUAGUCGAUUCCGGAGUCACUCUCAGAAUGAAGCAAGGCAGCCUGAUGAUAGUGCCACAGAGUCUGGAGAUCAUGGUAGCAGCUCCUUCUCAGAAUUCCGCUCUCUCUUCAAGUGGUUGCACAAAAGUCUUCCAUAUAUUUUGAUUCUGGGUGUCAAACUUGUUAUGCAGCAUAUAACAGGAAUUUCUCUUGGAAUUGGGCUGCUUACAACUUUUAUGUAUGCAAACAAAAGCAUUGUAAAUCAGGUUUUUCUAAGAGAAAGGUGCUCAAAGAUUCAGUGUGCUUGGUUACUGGUAUUCUUAGCAGGAUCAUCUGUUCUUUUAUAUUACACCUUUCAUUCUCAGUCACUUUAUUACAGCUUAAUUUUCUUAAAUCCUACUUUGGACAAUUCAAGCUUCUGGGAAGUACUUUGGAUUGUUGGAAUUACAGACUUCAUUCUGAAAUUCCUCUUCAUGGGCUUAAAAUGCCUUAUUUUGUUGAUGCCUUCUUUCAUCAUGCCUUUUAAAUCCAAGGGUUACUGGUACAUGCUUUUAGAAGAAUCAUGUCAGUAUUACCGAACUUUUGUUCCCAUACCAGUUUGGUUUCGUUACCUUAUAAGCUAUGGGGAGUUUGGUAAUGUAACUAGACGGAGUCUUGGGAUAUUGCUGGCUUUACUCUACCUCAUACUAAAACUUUUGGACUUUUUUGGACAUCUGAGAACUUUCCGACGGGUUUUACGAAUAUUUUUUACACGACCAAGUUAUGGAGUGGCUGCCAGCAAGAGACAGUGUUCAGAUGUGGACAUUUGUUCAAUAUGUCAAGCUGAAUUUCAAAAACCAAUUCUGCUCAUCUGUCAGAUUCAUACGUAGGUGCUCUGGUCGUUUGGAGAUCAUGGGAAAAGCUUGUUUUUUGUAUGGCCCGGAGUUCGGCUGUCGUAUUGGAAGUGGUGCUGAAGCUUCCCCACUCAUCGUCACAUCCAUCUGCUCUACUCCACUUGUUUCCAUUGGAUAUUCCACAGGUGUCUGAGGAUUUGCCGUGCUGGCUGAAGCACCUCUUCCCCAGAAAUCCCCAGGAGAAAAUUUGACUGGGCUUUAAGACAAGGAAGAGCUAUCAUUCAUUUAUCUCAAGGAUUAUCUCAACAAGAAAUAUUUCCCUUAAAUUUCAAGGGAGUGGGGUAAUGUGACAUUUAUUUUUAUUUAAUUUUAUUUUUGUGUGAAUUAGUACAAAGGCCAUUGCUCCCCUAGACUAAUUGUUAGAGUUUCCUAACUGGUCUCUUUACCUCUAUACCUGCCUCUGUAAAACCCUCAGUGAUACUUUUUUUUUUUUUUUAAAUCAUUUUACUCCCCCGACUUAAAAUAGCUUCCCAUUGCAUUUAAGAUAAAAUACUUCUCCAAACCUUUCUCUUCGUCACUGACGACACAUCAGGAACAGUGACCUUUCAUUUCCAAGACCAAGUUUUUCCUCCCUUAGGGCUUUUGCAUGGGCUGUUGCUCUACCUGUAACAUCCUUUACUUCUAUUUUUUGUAUGGGUGGCUUUUUCUCUUCAUUCUUAGAUGUUACUUAACCAGGGAGGCCUUUCUCUGACCACCAUGAAUAGGAGCCGCCCUGUUAUUCUUAACUACCACCGCACUUUUUACUUUUCUUCAUAUAGUAACUUGACACUACUUGUGAUUACAUAAUUCUUCUAUUUCCUUCUUUGGUUAUUUUAACUCUCUUCUCACUAAAUUGUAAGCUUCAUCAGGACAAGGACAAUUCUAUGUUAAUCAUGUAUCCCCAUCAUGCAACACAGCCCCUGGUAUACAAUAAAUGUUGAAUGAAUGGGUAAA